AUGCAUGUCGGAAACAGGGGAGCACAACAGCUUGUCGCCGCGCCUCUUCCCAUGGCGACAGCGAGCUGCUUUCAUGAGUGUAUAGACACGGAUUUCCUCGUUUCUGCUGUGUAUGAGCUUAGCAAGAAUAACACCCCGAAGGCCAACCAAGCGAUUUGGGCAUCCCCAGCCCUCGUUGCAGUGAAUAAAACCAAGACUGUACCUCCUGCACCGACUAUUCCUUGGCAAAACCGAGCAAAAUCAGCUUUGGACGAUUUGGGAGCGGGUGACCGAAGCCGUGAGGCCCCUGCUGUUCAGGGCUGCAGUCCGUCGGACUGCAGUUCUCGCGCUCCAUCUCCUGCGCAUGCAUCGACAAGAGGGGUGGCAGCAACAGCGAUGGUCGCGUGCUCCAUGGCUGCUCACCCCCUGCAGUGGAGCCCCUUUGCUCCCAAGGGGCGUAGCAGCGAGAUGAUGCUGUGGUCAACAGCUGCUCUGCUCGUAUCCAUCGUUGUUGCUGGCCUUCCGCAAGCUGCUGCCAGCGAACGGAGCCAUCCUCGAAGCCCUCCAACGCAGGAGCCUACCCAGGAAGGAGUCUCUCCCCUUCCCGCGUGCAACAGCUCUGCCCCUUCCGAUCCCAUCGUAGGCCAGUGCCCUCUUGUCACGCCUUCCAACGACAGGGAUGGCCAAGUGCCCGAAAGCGAAGCACUCCAGGAAAGCCCUGGAGACUUCUCUCAGAGUCAGCCCGAUCUGCAACUCGCAGGCUUUGCUGCCCUUUCUGUCGGUGGAGGCAAAUCCCAAUCGGAUGCUCCCGCUUCCCCAGAUGCGAUGGCCAUGCCGCUCCGUCGUGCGAGACCUUUUUACGCCUCAAAAGAGGCGUUUGCACCCGUGAGGCGGGGCUCUCUUAUAGAGGGGAAGUACUUGCUGCUGGAGCAGCUGCACUGGCCCGUCUUGCCGGCCUCGCCUCGCGAUGCUGUGGAGGCUCUGUCUGUAGAGGGUGAAGGGAACGAGGAUUCGAGGGGCGCUAACGUGCAACUGAAGGUCCAGAGGGAGCUGCCCGCGCUUCCCGACAUUAGCAGCAGCAGCUAUCCCUUCAUAGACGAUCAACAAAAAACAUUCGCAGAGAGCGAGUCCCUUCGUGUGUCGUGGUGGAAUGGGGAUCUCUUCGCCCCGGCAGACCUUCCAAUUAGCCCGCUUUUGCCAUCGCCAGCCGAACACGCAGAAUCAAGAACUGCUCUUGCCAAAGCUAUCGUGUCUGUGUACUCCGAGUUAGUGCUGUCUAGGAAGCCCAUGGAAAAGGCGGAGGGAUUCUGCAUCGACCCCUUCAUAUUUUUGAAGGCCUUCCCCUCCUGGUUUCAAUUGCCCUCGUUGCCUCCACCUACGAGCAGCAGCAGCAGCAGACGUUAUCGUGUCUUUAGCCGUUUAGGAGGUGGAGCCUACGGCGAAGUGUGGCGUGCCAUGUCGGUGGGAAGCGAGGCCCCUUUUGUUGAGACGGUCCUUAAACGCAUGCGUUGCGAGACUUUUGAGGCCCAGGGGGCUUUGGAGGGCCAGCAGCAGCAGGCAGAGCGCUUGCGGCGUGGAUUAGCUCGGGAGGCUUCAGGCUUGUGGCUCCGUGGCGCACCUCACGUUUCGCGUUUUGUUGAGCUUCUUCCCGCUCUUCCGGUGUCCUCCUCACCGCCUGAAGGCUCCGUGCAGAACGAGGUUCUUGCAGCAGAGGCAGCAGAAGACUCGGAGUUCGACGCUGAAGUGGCGGCAGCAGCGGAGGCCGCAUCCAAGUUUUUGCCUGAGCUGACGAGGGAGGAGCUGAUUCUAGCGGCGAAAAGCUUCCAGCUGCCCUGCGGCGGCAGCUGGCUGGUCUUUGCGAAUGAGGGGCUCUCCCUCACGCACUUGUUUUUUAGAGCUGAUCCGGGAGGCAGCGGGCUUCUCGAGCCGAAUGCAUUGUGGUGGCACUUGAAGGCUUCUUCUUCGCUGCUGGUGCCGCUUCGCGUGCGGGGUAUUGCUGCCACCGCUGCCACGGCAGCGGAUGCCUCGUUUUACCCUUUGCUGGCGCAGCUGCGGGACAGUCAGACCGAUUUGCUGCUCUUUAUUCGUUCUCUGCUAAAGCAGCUGCUGACGGCGCUGCAAGUUGCACACGAACGAGGCAUAACUCACAGGGAUGUGAAACUGGAGAAUGUGUUGCUGCAUCCCUUUCUGCCCAUAUCCGUGCGGCUAGCCGACUGGGGUAGUGCUGUCAGCCAUGACCCCUCGUCCUCACUGGCCAGCGCGCUGAGGGUCCUGUGGGGUGGUGAGGCUCCGUCGCUUUUGGAGGAAACAGAAGGCUAUCAGCCCCCGGAGGUGUGGGCUGAGGAGGCAGCGCAAGCCGAGCAGCAACAACAUUUCAAAGAACAACAAGGAUACUCCUGUAGCAACUGCAGCAGCAGCAGUGAGGACGAUGGCAGCAACAACAACGGUAACGGCAGGGGCGUGGGAUCAUUGCAUCGCUUGCCUUCGUACGACAUAUGGGGAGUGGGGUUGGUGUUUCUCAAGCUCGCAAUUGGCAGUCCUACGCCUCUGGAGCCUAUAGACGCCAGACAGUCUGCUAAGUUGGCGCGUGCAUCCCAAGGGAAGCCCCCUGAAGUGCUGCGUCGUGAUUUAUUGGUUCUGGCUCUAGGAGAUUUGUGUUUGGUGCCCUGGGCCUCCGAUCGUCUGCCUGCUGCUGCCGCGCCGACUGCUGUUGCACCAGCGCCACCUGCCCCGUUCAUCUCGACUUUGAAGAACGCGCUUCUCUCUGCUGUAGAAAGCCUCUACUACAGAUGGACAGAUGUGCUCAGGGCAAUCGCGUUUGCUGGGUACAAGGAGGCACAGGUGAAGGAGCAGGGGAAAAUCCAUCCUCGGGGGUCCUCUGCUGUGUUGGCUAUGAAGAAGGACCACUGGAGGUUGGUUGGUGCACAGGACAGUGAGGUAGAUGGUGAAGGCCUCUUUACGCUCCUCUCGCGAGUGCGAAGCUCUGACGGAGGAGGGGAAUUGAUAUUGCGACAGCAGCAGGCCUUGCAGGGGCCGACGCAUUACGGCCAAACUAAACGGCUAUUUGGGGACCCCGACGACUCUGACGAUUUUAGAAAUCAAGGGACCCAAUCACACAGUCAUCAGGACUGUAGUGAUGCAUUGUUUGCCGAGCUGCUAAGAGCUCGGGAUCCAGCGGGUCUUGGGGUGCCAAAUCCCCUCGCGAGAGAUCUUUUAAGAAAGCUUCUCGCCUAUGAUCCUCAGGAACGCCUGUCAGCAGAGGCCGCACUACAGCAUCCCUGGUUUUCCGUAUCCGACACUGCGGCUGGGGCAUUGGAUGAGCAGAUUAUGCAUAUGUGUAAACGUACAAAAUCUGUAAUGCUACCGCAUGGGGCAGUUAGUAACUGCUAUCCAGAAGAUUCGCAACCUGGGUAG